AUGGAGCAUUCAAAAGAGCCUGAGGAAGUAGUUAUCGAUGCGGAAGAUGAUGAGCCCUUGGACUUGCUCUUCUCCGACAACAAUGGCAGCUUUGCUUGCCGUCGAGCCCUUGACCAAUUCAAAGGCAGGCAUCGUCAGUACGGAAAUGCUGUCUGCCCCGAAUGCAAGCAAUCCUUUGUCAAUGCAGCAAGAUUGGAGAGACACUUAGCUGUACAUCAGGUUUUUGGCGCUUUCCUUUGCCCUUUGUGUGGGAAAACCUACAAAUACGAGUACAAUUUGUUCUUUCAUUGGCGAAAAACAUGCCAGUACCUCAACGAUUUGGUUGGAGUCGAGCAGAGAAAGGAGCUGGACGUUCACUCUCUUCGUCUUCUCGUUGAAGAAGUUGUCGUGAAAAAGAUUGAGACGGAACCUGUCAACAUAGGCAUAUCUACAAACGCCCUGUUGAAUGGAGGCACAGAAACGCCACAGUUGGAGUUGCCGAUCGAUCCACAAAGUCCACUCGCUCGUUCAUGCACAAUUUGUGGUAUUUUGAUUCAUAAAAACCACCUUCCUCAACAUGAAGCGCUUCAUAGUGCAACCACUGACUCUGGAAUGCGAAUUAUUGAUAUGAAGUCCGUUACGGGCGGUUACUUUUGCGACCUAUGUGGGGUAGCUUUUCGGAAUAGAGAAAAUUUGUUUACUCAUUGGAGGUCCAGUUGCCCUGAGAUUAUGGCUAAUCUCGAACCCGGCUCUGAGCUAUACAUGAGUGAUGUUGAGCUCAAAGGAAUGGUUCUAAACCUUCUUUGGCGGUUGAAGCGCGUGUCUCGUCAGUCACCCUUGCGAGCCAUCCGCACAAACAGAAAUUGCAUGGAGGAGGUGGAGCCUACUGUAAGCCAUGGAGGAAAGGAAGUCCAUAAUGAUGGUAGCAACCCUAAUAUGGAACGCUGCAACGAAUCAUCUUCAUCAUCAGCAGAUCCUGAAGGGAAGGCUCUGGUAUUUAUGGACGAUUAUGUGGAUCCUGCUGACACAUUGAUUAACAUUGAUGGAGAGCUAGUAAACGUUAUAUCAGCUGAUAGGGGAAAAUGGAGUAUUCCUUUGGAUGGGAAACCGCUGGAGUGCCCCGAUUGUUUUCGGCAGUUUGCAAACGCGGGUCGUCUUGAGCGACACAUUUCUGGAUUUCACUCACAUUACGGCGCUUUUAAGUGCCUCCUCUGUGGUCACAGGUUCAAAUAUGACUACAAUCUUUUGUUCCAUUAUCGUCAUAGUUGCGCUUACACAAAGCUUCUCGUGGGAGCGGACGUUCGGAAGCUCCUAGACGCUGCUUCGUUGAGAAAACUCGUUUCACAUAUCAAAGAGUCAGAUCCACAGUUACGACCAGGAAGUGGUGCGUCUUCACGUCUGGUCCACAUCAAACGACGGCCAUCCCUGAAAGCUGUGCCAAGAAACGUUCGUGCUGCCGGAUCUCGUGUACCCACCGCUUCAUCCAAACGUAGUUAUGGUUUAGAGGAGGGCAAGAAGUGCCCUGUUUGUGGUGUAUUGUUCUAUGGCGAGAAAUCUUUGGAUAAACAUAUUGGGACUGUCCACCUAUUAAAUCGAGCAUUUUUGGACAAGGCAAUCACUAGAGAAACUACCCCACCGAUCAUUGGGACACCCCUCACUGAAGUACGGGAUAACAGGACAGGUGCUGCGCAGUUGAAAGAGCUUUCUAGCGUGUCACGUGAUCGCAACGAUAAAUCACCAGAAAAAGUGAAUGGAAACUUGAAUGGGGCGGAAGAAGCCGAAGCCCCGCCAGUUCUUGAAGUUCAAACUCCUGGUGAAGCUGUUCCCCCUCCAACCCGUUGUGUGGAUGUAUUCGGUGAAGAGAUUAAUGAUUUUGAUGCUGAGCAGCUAACAGAAAUGGACGUCAUGCUAUACACAGGCCAACUUGCAAUUGGAGACCUUGUAAUAACAUCUGUUUAUGGGGAAGACGUUGAGUACCGUAUUGCAGUAGGCACAAGUCAUGGAGCUCAAAUCGUCCUCGAGAAAACUAUUAAAUCAUCUAGGUUCGCAAGAAAUAAAGAAGAUGAAGGCAAUGGUGAGAGUAUGGAUAGACAAGAAAGCUGGGAGUACUCCGAAAAGGUCAAAUCCGAGAAGAAUCAUUUGAGAGGAUAUAAUUAUGAUCAUGGUGAAGAUUAUCAAGGAGCGGAAGGCAGUGUAGAUUAUGAUAACAGCGGCGAAAUGGUGCAAUACGUUGAGGAAGAAGCCGCACAGAUGGAGUACGAAAGUGGCAGCUAUGGAGAUUACGAGGUCGAUGAAGUCGAAGAGGGGCAAAAAAGGGAACGAGUGAUUCAAUAUGUGGAUGAGGAAAGGAAGCAUCUCGUGCAGUAUGUGGACGACGAAGGCGAACAAUGUGAAGGCUAUGUGCAGUUCAUAAAUGACGGCAGUGGGCAGCACGUUGUGGGAUUGAUUGAGGGUGGAGAAAUCGUGGACUUCCUUGAUACUGAAAAUAUCGACGACGCAAAUUUAGCUGUUUUGAAGUCACCUCCAACGUCUAAUAUGGGACGCGAACAUGUUCAGUAUCAUCUUUGGUGUUUAGGAAUGAAAUCACCUCGUCUUCCAUGGAAAUCUGCAUGA